UGCCACUACUUCCCAUUUCAUCAUUCAAAACAACACAUUACAGUCUGUGUGCAUCAGAAUUGACAGCUUGUCAGGUAAUAGGAUGUCUUCUACUCGAAAUAAACGAUCACAGCCUUUAUGGACACCACCUCCAGGCUCGCCACCAGUUCAGUUAAAACUAUUCAACAGUCUUAGCCGAAAGAAGGAAAUAUUUGUACCACAGAAUGGUAAAUUAGUUACAUGGUAUAGUUGUGGACCAACAGUAUAUGAUCAUGCUCAUAUGGGACAUGCCAGGUCGUAUAUAUCAUUUGAUAUAUUAAGAAGAGUUAUAGCUGACUAUUUUGGAUAUGAUGUAUUUUAUUGUAUGAAUAUAACAGAUAUUGAUGACAAGAUAAUUGUAAAGGCAAGAUGUGAAUAUUUGUUAAUGAAAUAUAAAGAAGAAGGGCUUUCGUGUGAUAAGGUAUUAGCUGAUGCCAAGGAGGCCAUGCAGAUAUUUUUAAAGAAAUUGUCAGUUGAGGAAGAUUCUGAUAAAAAGGUCAUGUUGGAAAGAAUAAAGGAAACGGUUUCUGACUCAAUUAAGCGUAUGGAAGACGCUAUUUCUAGCAAUGCGACAGACUCUGAAUUAGAAAAGGCCAAAGAGGAAUUAAUAACAAAAGGUAAAGAUGUUUUAGGAAAAUGGUUAGACAGUCAGAAAGGUGCAGAUGUCACUGAGAAUUCCAUAUUUGCAGAUUUACCAAAAAUAUACGAAGAGGCCUUUCACAAGGACAUGAAAUCUUUGAAUGUUUUACCAGCUGAUGUAUUGACUAGAGUUAGUGAAUAUAUACCUGAAAAUAUUGAUUUUGUUCAAAAUAUUAUAGACAAUGGCUACGGUUAUGAGUCAAAUGGAUCAGUAUAUUUUGAAACUAAUAAAUUUGAUCAAAAGGAGAACCACCAUUAUGCUAAACUAGUGCCAGAAGCAUUUGGUGAUGAUAAAGCUUUAGCUGAAGGAGAAGGAGAACUUACAAAAUCUGAUGGAGAGAAAAAAAAUCCUGCUGACUUUGCCUUAUGGAAAUCAUCCAAGCCAGGUGAACCAGCUUGGGAUUGUCCGUGGGGAAAGGGUAGACCAGGAUGGCAUUUAGAAUGUUCUGUAAUGGCUAGUUCUAUAUUAGGUCAAUCUAUGGAUAUACAUAGUGGAGGAUGUGAUCUUAAAUUCCCCCAUCAUGAUAAUGAGAUAGCCCAAUCUGAGGCUUAUUUUGACAAUGAUAAUUGGGUACGCUACUUUCUACACACGGGUCAUCUUACCAUUAACGGUUGUAAAAUGUCCAAGUCUCUAAAGAAUUUCAUCACAAUUCAAGAUGCAUUGAAGAAGUAUACAUCUCGACAGAUUAGGAUUUUAUAUUUACUACAUCCAUGGAAAGAUACUUUAGAUUUUGGUACAUCAACUAUGGAAGGUGCUAUACAAUAUGAAAAAUCGGUUAAUGAAUUUUUUCUAACUGUAAAAGAUAGACUGCGAAAUAUCCCAAGUGUUGGUGUGGCUGCUUUUGACAAAUGGACACCAGAGGAAGUAGAAUUAAAUCAAAAGUUUUUAGAGAAGAAAUCGGCUGUACAUGAAGCUCUCUGUGAUAAUAUAGAUACACCAGGUUCGAUGAAAAUUAUAAAAGAAUUAAUAUCUUUAACUCACAUAUAUCUGAAUAAAUGUGAUACAGAGAAAAGACAAGUGAAUAGAAGAGUUGUUUAUUAUAUAGCUUCUUAUAUUACUCAAUUACUCAAGGUUUUUGGAACAUUUGAUGAAGAUGAAUCGAUUGGUUUUCCACAAGGUUCUAUACAGUCAGCGGAUCUUGAAAAUCUGGUGAUGCCCUAUUUAGAAGCUAUGGCAGAAUUUAGAGAUAAAGUAAGACAAGCUACAAGAGGUUCAACUUCUCAGGUGGAAGGAAUAUUAAAACUAUGUGAUGAUAUUAGAGAUGAAGUUUUACCCAAUCUUGGAGUAAGAUUAGAAGAUAAAGAAGGACGGAGACCAGUUAUAAAAUUAGUUGAUAGAGAAAUUCUUCUUCAAGAAAAAGAGGAACAAAGAAAGGCAGAAGAGGCAAAGAGGAAAGAAAAGGAAAUGAAAGCAGCUGCUCAGGCAGAGAAGAAGAAACAAAACAUGAUUCCGCCAUCGGAAUUAUUUAAACAUGAAACAGAGAAAUAUUCAGAAUUUGAUGAAAAUGGUAUGCCAACUCUAAUGAAAGAUGGUACACCAGUAACAAAGUCGGCUUUAAAGAAACUGAAAAAACUCUAUGAUGCUCAAGAUAAAAAAUACCAAGACUACCUAAAAUCUCAGAAUCGGUGAAACAAUAUAAUGUCAAUUAAUGCAAUUAAAUAAGUGUCAAUCUCUAUCCGUAAAUGUUAAAAAGGUUUAUUAUAUACAGCUAUAUUUAUGUGUUCUAGUGUUAUUUAUUUAUUUUAUUGGUAAUGUCAUCAUGGUCAUCUUUUCAAAGUCAUAAAUCUCAUUAUACAAAAGUGCUUAUUGCUUAUUCAUAAAAAAAAAAAUCUGUAAAAAAAAGAAAUCUAAAAGUACUAAAAUAAAUCACAUUUUCUUUUCUUUCUAAAAGCUGCUAUAGGAACUGUGAUGGGAUCCUUAGUUUUUGUAAUUAAAACAAACACAUGAGUAAAUAAUUUUACAAGUUAUAUAUUUCAGUUUUAUUACUGUAGAUAUCGCGUUAUUGCUCAAUAACUGGUUUCUACUUAAUUUUUUUAUUCCACCACAUACAAGAAAAACUUUUUUUGUAUAUCUUUUUUAAAAUGAAGAUAAACCACAUGUUUUAUGUAGCCUAGUGUAUAUGUAUGGUGGUUUUUAUACACCCACAUUUUCAUGUGGACGUAUAUUUAUGGUCGUCUCACCUGUCCGUCCGUCCACAAUUGUUUGUUAACACUCAACAGGUCACAAUUUUUAUCCGAUUUCAAUGAAACUUGAAAUAUAGGUUGAUCACCCUAAGAUCUACGUAGGAAAAAUCACGUUUUUAGCUUGUGAACACUGUAGAGGUCACAAUUUUUAUCUGAUUUGGUUUAAACUUGAUCUUGGUUCCUUUCGAUAUUCGCGCAUAUCGGAGCAUAACUUCCUGAAUUAUGGCCCCUGAUUGUACGAAAAAUCGUGUUUUUAGCUUGUGGACCCUAUAGAGGUCACCGUAAUUUUGUCUGGGUUUGAAUUUCAUGAAAAUCGUACGCAUGGUCACAAUUUUCAUCUGAUUUUGAUGAAACUUGAAAUGCAUGUUUAUAACCCAAAUAUCUUGGUUCCUUUCGAUAUUCGUGCAUAUCAGAUUGUAACGUCCUGAAUUAUGGCCCUUGAUUGUACGCAAAAUCAUGUUUUUAGCUUGUGGUCUCUCUAGAGGGGCCGCCCCUCGUACACAAGGUCACAAUUUUCAUCUGAUUUUGAUGAAACUUGAAAUGCAUGUUUACAACCCAAAAUUCUUGGUUCCUUUCGAUAUUCGCGCAUAUCGGAUCGUUAAUUCCUGAAUUAUGGCCCAUGAUUGAACAAAAAAUCACGUGUUUAGCUUGUGGUCCCUGUAGAGGUCACAAUUUUUAUCCGAUCAAAAAAAAACGUGUGAAUAUUUCACCAUUACACACUAAGAUCUUGGUUACUUAUGACAAUUGCGGAUACCCAAACUUAACUUCCUGGAUUAUGGCCCCUGAUUGUUCGAAAAAUCGCAUUUUUAGCUUGCAGAUUCUCUAGAGGUCACACUUUUUUUCCGAUUUUAAAAACUGUUUAAAUACAUCACCAUUCACCCAUAAUGAAGGUUGAAUUCGAAUUUCAGGAAAACUGCCCGACAAAAUGGCCGCUCUUUGUACACAAAUUGUGUAGAAGUGUGUAAUACGAAGGUUGUGGACCCUCUCUAGAGGUCACAAUUUGUAUCCGAUUUUGAUGAAACUUAUAACAUAUCUUUAUAUCCCAAAGAUCUCAGGCCCUUUUGAUAUUUGCACAUUUCAGGCCAUAACUUUCUGGAUUAUUGCCCCUGAUUGUACAAAAAAUCAUGUUUGUUUUUAGCUUCUUCUCUAUCCAUCUCUUGCAAAAUGUGGGUGUAUCCUGCCUGGUUUUAUUACUAUAUGUUUUUGCAUUAUAUAUCAUCAAACUUUUUUGAUUUAGGUGAAAAUAAAAUAUUGAAUUAGGGCUAUGUGUUUUUUCAGUGAUGGGGUAAGCUCUACAGGGUUAAAUUUUGGUUUAAAAAAACAUUAACAAGCAGAAGACAGCCUGUUACUUAUCAUCACGCCACAAAUCCAAAUCUGAUGAAAUCAAUCACGAAAUCAAGCUGAUUUGGACCAUGACUCAUUCGGACCAAAAUUCAAAGCUUAUUUGAGCCAUAUUGAAGGCUGAUUUGGGCCAUCGUACGGCUGAUUCGGACCACCAUCAGAUUCAUUCGGACUAUAUGAUAAUAAAUAUUAGAAAUCGGGAUUUAGCCAUCUGACCAAGUUUAAAGGGGUUUUAUCGGACUCUUAUCAUGGCUAUCUGUGUGUUUUUUCGACGCCAAUUAAAUCAUACACAGAUCUAAUAGAUAAUGUGUCUUAUUGGAUGUAUAUCUGAUUGUUUAUUUGAUUUAUACAAUGUACGUUUGUCAUUAAUUAACAAUUAAUGGUGUGAUUUAUAGGUUCUUGUAUAUUGCUACCUUAGAUUAUUUUUCCUUUGGCAAGUAAAAGUGUGAUUUAUUGAA